CGUAGGGACGAUAGCCAGGCGUUUCGUGAAACAUUUAAAAAAAAUUAAGCAAAUCGGUUGAAUAGUUCGACCGGAGUCAUGUCCGUUGUUGGUUUAAAGUUUGAGAAUAUGCAAGUUAGCGGUCUCGUCUUUAAGUUGGCGAAACCGCUCGGCAAUAAAGCUUACAACGAUCUCGUCUCCGGUUUCUCACUACAAUGUCUACAUCAGCCAUUUUUGAUAAAUGUAAAAGGAUUUUUCAGAUUGAGUUUACCGUUACUAGGUGAUAUUCACAAUGGUUACUAUGAUUUGUAUUAA